AUGGGCACCGUGCGGCUGGCCGUGUACAAAUGCCCCGACCAGGUGUGGCACAUGGAACUGCUUCCCCUCCCCAGGCAGCUUUACAUCCUCUGUGCCCACAGCGGUAUUUACUGCGUGUCCCUGGAUCAGCAAAGCAGGUUAAUGGAGCAGACUGAUGGUGACGGCCAAGAAAGCAAUUGCCCUUCCGGCGUCUUCCCCGUGGACUCGGACGCCUGCAUCUUCCCAGACUCCACUCUGUGCACGUUCACGCUGCUCAACAACUUCGUCAUCACUUUGUCCCAGGCUGAGGGCAAAUGGUGGAUGAAACUGCACGAGCUUCCGCACCCCGAGCAGGAGAGCCCCCCGUACCGGCAGAUCAGCGAGGUGGGCUUCUGCCCUGGCCCCGAGCCUGGAGACGAGGGGGACGGCCCGCCUUCGCGCUUUCUGCCUGUCCUGUGCUGCGCAUCUUCCCCAGGCACCGUGGGGUCUGGGGAGGGGCUGUGGUGCUCGGGGGGGUUUGUGCUGGAAGAGCCCCUCUUCAGCUUGCUCUUUGGGAUCGAUGCUGCCAUGCUGGAGUCUCCUAUGAUCCUUUGCGGCUUCCCGGACGGACAGCUCUGCUCUGUGCCACUGAAGGCCCUCAGCAAUUCCCAGGCUGCUGAUGGCUGUCACGAUGUUUCGAGCCAAGACCCUCCUGUUAAGAUCCUUCAUCAUUUGGAAGAGCCCAUCGUCUUCAUCGGGGCCUUGAGAACAGAGCGGAGGGCGGCAGAGGAGGAGGCUGAGGACGAACAGCUUUUUGGAGACGCUGGCUGUGACUGUGUGGUGGCGGUUGGUCACUACGGCAAGAUGGUGGCUGUCAAGGCGGAUCAGAGAGAGGAGGCCACAGUGCCAGAGCUCAGGGAGUACUACUUGCGCGGGCCCAUCCUCUGUGCCGCCUGUGGGAGCGGCAGCCGGAUGUAUUACAGCACGCACUCGGACAUCUCCGCGGUUGACCUGGACUGGGUCAACGAGUCCUCCGACCCCGAGGACGUGGAGAGCUCCACUGGAGUCCUGCCUCCCGUCCUGUCUCCGGCCAGUUUAAGGCUGACGCCCGCCGAAGCUGGCCAAAGGAUUAAGGAGCUGCUGUCCGGGAUAGGCAAUACCUCGGAGAGAGUUUCCUUCCUGAAGAAGGCGGUGGAUCAGAAGAACCGAGCGCUGGCCAGUCUGAACCAGGUGAUGAAUGUGAGUGCGGCUUUGCUGUCCAGCCAAGAAGGCCAGAAGCCCAUUGCCUGCACCGUCACUGCCAACUGGAGCUGCCUCCUGCUCCAGGAUACCGUAACCAUCUCCUGUGUGCUGGAGAACUGCAGCGAGUACAGCCUGGAGGAGGGCUGGACCCUGUGCGUUCAGCUCUUUGCCAGCCCCUGUGCCUUAGAGGAAGAUUCUGUGGAUUCAGGCACCACUUUCACCUUCCCCAUCGACCAGCUCCUCCCCGGGAGCAAAAGGGAGCUGACGCUGCCCCUUGGCUCUGCUGCGGACACCAAGCUGGACCUGCCUCUGACCAUCUCCUGUGCCCUCUACUACAGUUUACGAGAUAUUCUGGGCAGUGGCUCUGACUCCUCCGAGGCCCUGGAUGACUUCUUCCCAGACGACUCGCCCAUCCUCUCUCCGGACAGAGAGGGGAUCUGCUUGCCUCUCAGCGAAUGCACCAUUGACAUGUUGCAGUGCCUGCGCUUUGAGAGCAGCCCCCCCGGGCCUGAUGCCUCCCCUCCAGCGGCUGUCCUCCCUGCCCCCCCAGACCCUGUAGAGACCUUCCUGAAAGUGUCCAGGGAGCAGACUGAACCCGACGGGGUGAAAGACAGUGAGCUGCCACGCGCUCCGGGAGAUGGAAACCCGCCUCCCUCGGCGGCAUCCAUCAGGGUGUCCUCGGAGCUGCUGAAAAACGCACUGAAAAACUCCAGCUCAGGCGUCCCGCUGAGCUGUGCCACGCUGCGCUGGCUGCUGGCCGAGAACGCUGGGGCCAAGGCGCUGAGCAGUGGGGAAGUGGCGUCAGUGCGCGGCGCGGCCCCGGAUGGAGGCGAAGUGCAGCUGCUUGUCCGAGAGGCAAGGAAUGGGUUAGCCCUGCAGAGAAACACCCGGCACCCCCGCCCCAGGGAGCCAGCUCUGUCUCGCUGCCCCCGGCCCCUCGCUUCUGAUGGGCAGCUGGGUGAUGUCUGGCCAAGCCUGGUCUCUCAGCGCUGACCCCAGGCUGUGGUCCCACGAGUCCAGGGGCCCUACCCAGGGCUACGUGGGCUGCUCUGGGGUGCCAUAGGGAGCAUCCCGGCCAGCUACGCUGCAGGGAUGGGUCUUGUGCAUAGGGCUGCAGGGGCUGGGCUGCCGGUCCCCCUUCUGUGGCCUUCCCAAAGGCUCUUACUGCUUCCCUCCUGCUCUGGGCUGGGCUGUGUCCCCUGAUGUUCUCAUUUCCCUGCCUGGAAGGGCAGUGGCCUGCUGGUGGUGGCCCUGCAAGGCAGACUGGUCUUAGACUGCGAGGAGAAAGGGCAGGAUUCCUUUCCCAGCUGUGCACAGCUUGUCCCUCCCCUCCCAGUGUCCCUUCACUGGUUUGCAAGAUCUGUGGGGGCCUCCUCUGGGUGUCUCUUGCUGGAAACCACAUCCCUCAGCAGGUUUUGCCCUUGCACUACAGCAGGAGGGUGCAGGAUAAGUGGCACUGCCAGCUCGCCUCAGCAGCUGGUAGCGAGUCCAAGUCAUAGUCUGGGCUUUCAGGAAACCAUCAUCCUCCCAAGCCAGAGGCAGUGAGGCAGUCACUUCACGGUGAGGUUUGGAUGCCCCAAACGGGAGCGGGGCCCCGUGGCUGGCAUGCAUGGAGCCAGCCGUUGCUGGAGGAGUGUCGCUCCUGCCCUGCGCUCUCCCCGCGUUGUGGCUGUACCCAUGUGUGCAAACACUUCUCCCUCCACGCAGCCGUCUCUUCACCCCGCCCUGCAGAGACUCGGUAACCUCAGACGCUUGUCCUGCCCUGGCCUAGUGUCCGACUCGGCUGUGGGAAGAAACGAGCUUUCCCUGCUCAUUUGGCGUGCUGCGCUUUGCUAAUUCUGCAAAGCGGGGGGAAAACGUGGCUGGAUUUUGGAUUUAAAUCUGAUCUGCUGCAGCUUUUCCCCCUUUAAUGCGAAAAUCCCUCUCUAAGCACGAAGGAAAAAUACUAAUUGCUACCCAGUCCUCCCGCCAUGGCUGGUUAACCCUCUGCCGAGGGGCCCAGCUGCCUGCGUGCUGGCAGUGACCUGGUUCAGGUUGCUUCACACAUGAGAGCACUAAUAUUGCCAAUGUGAUUAGUGGCGGUGUUAAUUCUGCUUGGGCUAAGCCUGCAGGAUUAAAUCUGCUGGGGUGGCAGCAUGUAUCCCAUCAGGGAGUGGGCAUCCAAUCAUCCCAGAAUGGCAC